AUGAUAAUGCGACCUUUUUUUUGUUUGCUGUUUUUUCUGGAGAUUGUUUCUUCUUUAUGCGUGUCCGCUAACUCGGAUCCACUUUCUAGAGGUACUACUCUCGCUUCUGGCGCUCCAGGACCUUCUGGCGAAGAUCCUGAGGAACAGUUAGGUACUCUGCGUAUUAUAGAGGUACAACCUCGAGGCAGUGGUGUUCCCACUUCUCCUCAAGUGGGAGGUGUUGGAAGAGAUCCUACAGUAGAGACUGUUCAUGUGCAAGAACAGCAAUUGGUGAGAACAAGUCAGGAACAUCGACCACAAGAGGAAAGCACUGAAGGUGGUAUGAAGAGAGAAAAAGCGAACACUGAUGAUGCUCCUGAGACGUUAACGCCCACCGUUGAUGUUAAGCCCACACCGACACAGGUCAAGGAUCCAAAAUCAAACGUACAACAAGGAGAAAUGAACCCUACUUUGACACAAGAACAGAAACCCAAAGAGUCCCAGGACCCUCAGGAAAGAGACAUUCCAUCUGAUCCCAACAGCGUAUCCAACACAAAUACAGUCCCCAAGGAAACUGGGGAUUCAGGGGCUUCUUCUACCACACCUUCACCACAGACAAGCGCAGAUACAACUGCAUCUGAUGGCACUCCUGGUAACUCAAGCCAAGAAGAUAUUAAGAAUGUUGAGGCCAACGGUACUGAGUCUCCAGACACAACAACGAAUACAUCAGAGAGCAUAACCACUGACACUCCCAAUACAACCAGUAAUAAUGAGGAAUUAACCUCUACUCCAUCUCCUGUAGCCAACGCAGAGAUCACCACCAUCGCUUCCACAGUACAGACGAACAAGGCUAAUGUUGACAGCAGUAUCAGUCCUGUGUGGGUACGUGUGCCACUACUGAUUGUGGCUGUAGUGGUAUUCGUUACCAUGUACUGA